AUGCAAGAUUAUGUGGUCGUCAUAAUCGCUGUAACAUCAGCCUGUUGUCUUCUGGCGGCCAUUAUUUUGACAUUCCUUUUAUGUCGAAAUAGCAAAAAAACUAAACAAAAACAAGCAAUAGUGGCUCCUGUUCGUAAACCAUCAAUUCUUGGUGUCCAUCCGAAGAUUCCGGAUCCGAUCUUUACUAUUCCGGCUGCAAAGUCAACUGAGAAAGACAUAAAGUCAACAGAUACAUUAACAACCAGAAAAUUAUCUAUGAUGUUUGACGCUCGUAAAAGGUUUUCAUCAGCAUUUAAUCAACGACAGUCUUAUUUUGACUUUGAAAACUCUCCGCAGCCUCGUCAUAAAGAAUAUCUCGAUUUUAAUGAUAUCCAGAAAAUACUACCAACAGCACGUGCUGUUCCAUUAGCAACCACAGAUCUCAACAGAAAAAAUCUUGAUGAACCAGCUACAUGUAUAAGUAUAAUAGAAGAAUGUCCAUUUGGAAAUCAUGAUAUAGAGCCAGUUAGAGAAGUUUUUAGUGAAAAUCAUGUUUCAUUUCGACGGGAACGUCCACAUGUAGGAUGA